AUGAUAGACCAAAGCUACCCUUCCUCUCGGGCUUGCUGCACGUCCCUACAUUUUGGACUACGGUCUCCCAAAGAGCCUAUUUGUCAAAAUUUCACAGUUUCGUCUAAGGGGUGGCCAUCUAACCAACAAAGCUAUCUUCAUUUCAGCAAGGAGAUUCGGGUCAUUUCCCGAAGAAAAGGGUGGUCUUUCUCUUCACUCAAGACCAUAAUUUCACAGAGAAGAGAAGAAAGGGAAAAAACAAGAAGAAAAGAAUCUCAUCAAGUACAAAUCAGAAUUCUCAUAGUCGUUGCUUAUCAAAUGGGUGCUCUUAAAGCCAUGCUUCUCUACUUGAUUAUACACCAGACAUGGAAGAUCACCGCUGAUGAUGAGGAAUGGAAGUCUGCCACUGCAACAUACGUUAAGGAAACAAAUGGAUCGAUCGUUGUAGAAGGUGCUUGUGGGUAUGCGGACCUUCACAAGGCCACCUAUGGAAAGUACAGUGCUGGACUAAGUAGCAUGCUGUUCAACAGAGGGAGUACCUGUGGGGCUUGCUUCGAGGUCAGAUGUGUCGACCACAUCUUAUGGUGCCUGCAGGGUAGCCCCUCGGUCAUUCUCACUGCAACAGAUUUCUGUCCUCCAAAUUACGGGCUUUCGGCGGAUUAUGGUGGCUGGUGUAAUUUCCCGAAAGAACACUUCGACAUGUCAGAGGCAGCAUUUACUGAAAUCGCAGAGAAAAAAGCCGAUAUUGUGCCAGUUCAACACAGAAGGGUGAAGUGUGAAAGAAGGGGUGGGCUGAGAUUCACAGUGAGUGGAAAUUUUCACUUCUAUCAAGUCCUGAUCUCCAAUGUGGGGUUGGAUGGUGAGGUGAUUGCUGUGAAAGUGAAGGGUUCGAAAACAGCAUGGAUACCUAUGGCAAGAAACUGGGGACAAAACUGGCAAUCUAAUGUCAACCUUAUUGGACAGCCUCUAUCUUUCGAGGUUACAACCAGCAGCAGAAAAACACUCACAUCUUACAAUGUUGCACCAGCAAACUGGCAAUUCGGUCAGACAUUUGAAGGCAAACAAUUCUAGUGUGAGAGGCUUUUAGGCUCGAGGCAUAGGUUCACACUUCCCUUUUGCUUAGAAUGACUAAAAUUCUCUUGCUAUGUGAUGAAGUUGGUUCUUGGUCAAAAGAAGGUAAGAAAGUUGUAAAAGAAAGUUGGGAAAAAAAAGAAAUGCAAGGUCCCAGUUUUGUCUCUUUACGUGCUUUUGAGAGUAGAAAGUUAACUGCUCUUGAAAUGUGUAACUACUAAAAUGUUUAAGGUUUAUAUUCACUUCAAAAGACAAGAGAAAAGUUUAAGAUA